UUGAGUGUGCUUCGAACAUUUCUUUUUAAAAAAUGAAUUUAUAUAUUUACUUAAAUAAGAGAUAAAUAGUAAGUGUACUGCUUAAAUAUGUCAUUAAAACCUGUAUCUUUGGAUGAGUUUAUUGGCCUGCUGGGUAAAACAGACUUGAGGCAGCGUCAGAAUUUGGCUGAUGCUCUUGUUGCAUAUUUGGCCGAUGAUAAUAAUUCUCUUGAAUGUGAGGAUUUAGGUCUAUUAGUAGAUGGACUUUUACCAUGGUUAGAUGGUGGAAAUUUUAAGAUUGCUCAAAGCACUCUUGAAGUAUUCAAUGAAUUAAUCGGACGCCUUGGAAGUGAUUUUAGUGCUUACGCAGCUACAGUAUUAACACACAUCAUAGACAGGUUAGGAGAUUCAAGGGAAACAGUUAGAGAAAAGGCUCUUAUAGUAUUGCAAAAGUUAACCGAAUGUCAAGUCUUUAGUGCACAGGUUUUGCUGAGCAAAUUAAUCCCAUAUUUUAAACAUAAAAAUGCUAAACUUCGAGAGGAAGUUUUGCGAUGUGUUGUGCUCACACUCAAUGAGCAUGGCAGUCAAGCACUUUCACUUAAGACAUUUAUUCCUUGCAUAAUGAGCUUGUUGAGUGAUCCAAAUUCUGCUGUCCGUGAUGCCUCUAUCAAUACUCUAGUCGAAAUAUAUAAACAUGUUGGUGAGAGGUUGAGGGUUGAUUUAAGGAAAAAAGACAUACCUGCACCGAAAUUAGCAUUAUUGGAAAAUCGGUUUGAUGAGGCUAGAAAUCUUGGAUUACUGUUGCCUUCUGCAAUGGUAGGUCCAGCUGAUGAACCUGAUAAUUUAGUAAUGCAAAGACCAGCUAAACCAGUGAAAAGAGCUGCUAGUAUGCCACUGAAAAAGGGAAUUAAUAAUCAAGCUGAGACACCCGGUGAGGCAGGCUCAGUGAGCGUAGAAAUAUUUGAGAAUUCAUUCGAAAAUGUUCCACGAAUAAAUCUAUUUUCACCUAGAGAUUUGGAUGACCACAUUAAAGUUAUAAAGUCAGUUAUUGGCGAUAAGGAUAUGGCUUGGGAGAAAAGAGUUGAUGCGCUUCGUAAAAUAAGAUCCUUACUUUUGGCUGAUGUGAUGACAUACCCUAGCUUUAUGAUGUACAUAAAAGAUCUAUCAAUUUCUUUUCUUUUAAUUAUAAAAGAAUUGCGAUCUCAAGUUAUUCGAGAAACUUGCAUCACAAUUGCUUAUAUGAGCAAAGUCAUAGGCAUUAAACUAGAUCAAUUUUGUGCCUAUAUAUUAAACGAUCUAAUUGUGACUCUGAUCCCAAAUGCUGCCAAGGUGAUAUCAUCUGCUGGCACGUUAACUAUAAGGUACAUUAUUCGAUAUGUUCAUUCCCCUAAGUUAAUCCAGCCCAUUGUACAAAAUAUUAUUGUAUCAAAAUCCAAAGAUGUUCGAAGUACAUUAUGUGAUAUAUUAAGUGAGUUACUCGAGCAAUGGAGUACUAACUGCUUAGAGAAAAAUGUGUUACCUAUUAGAGACGCAAUCAAAAAAGGAAUUGCUGAUGCUGAUCCUGAUGCUAGGAAGUAUUCCAGAAAAUCAUUUUGGCAGUUUAAAAGACAUUAUCCUGAUAUUGCUGAUGCUAUGUACAAUACUUUAGAUAUAACACAACAGAAAGCCUUAGACAGGGAACACUCUGGGUCAGCUACAAGCAGUAUUCGAGGAAGUAAUGGUUUCCUGCACUCUUUAGGUGCAGGUAAGCAUCCAGUUAUCAGGGAAAGGCGAUCAAGCCAAGGAUUGAAAAGUCCAGUUUCAACGCACAUCACCGAUUCACGGGCUAUUGGUGGAUUCAGGAGUGUGUCAGCCGUGGACACGGCAGCAGCUCAACGAGCUAAAGCACGAUUACAAUACUCAAACAUGGCUAGAAUGAAAGUAACUUCAGGAACGGCAUCACUUCCCAGGGCACGGAAACAGACAACACCUAACACAAGAGUCAUGCAACAGUCCCCAGAGAGGAGUGCUCGAACUAGAGGUCCUGGAGUUUCUCAUUCACAACCUACAUCACGAAGCACAUCACCCUCGUCUAGGCUGCAUGGAGCUUAUGGAACAUACUCUAACCAUAAGUCUUUAACGAGUGCAAAAAAGAAAUCAUCUGGUAUUCCAAGAUCAUUAGCAUCAUCAAGGGAAACUAGUCCUACAAGAACUGGAUCAUAUCGUCGAAUGCUUUUUAAUAAUAAACGAGAUAGGCCGCCUAUAAAUCCAAAUAAACCAGUAAUGGCUCAAAAAAUAUUACAACAAAGCAGGGAAGCUGAACUUUCUCUUGCUGAUGCUUUAAUGGAUGAUCAAGAUCCACUAGAUGAAAUGUCACGAUUAUCAUUAGGAAAUCGUAGGAUCAGUUCUGGUGCUAACACAGGAAUGAUGCGUGACGAUCAUAGUGAUGAUAGUGAAAAUAGCUCAGUUUGCAGUGAACGCUCAUUUAGUUCCUUGCAUGGACCUAUGGAUUCAUAUUCUUGGAGUGGGAGUCAGAGCAAAUUGGGUGUACAAGACAUUCCUCAGAUUAUAGCCAAUUGUGCAUCAACAAAUGUAAAAGACAGAUACAUCGGGCUCAGGCAUCUUAUACAAUACUUCAAGGAUGGAAACACAUUAGAACUUCCUGAAUUGCAGAUAAUUACGGACAUGUUUUCAAAAUUAUUUACGGACUCCCAAAUCAAAGUUUAUACUUUGUUUAUAGACACCGUCAACGAAUUACUAAUAACACAUGCGAAUGAUUUGCAUGAUUGGUUAUAUAUUUUGUUGACUAGAUUGUUUAAUAAACUUGGCACUGAUAUACUUGGAAGUAUCUGUAAUCGCAUUAUGAAGACUCUAGAGAUUAUUAAUGAAUAUUUUCCAACAAAUUUGCAAAUGAAAUGUGUUUUCAGAUUCCUGUCAAAUAAUGCACAAACUCCGAACACAAAAACAAAGAUCGCCACCCUUAAAUUUCUUAAAACACUUACUACUUCAUAUGAUGUAUCCAAUAAUUUCUACUAUCAAGAACCUGCCUCCAAGGCUUUAUUAAAAAUUAUUAAUUUUUCUUCUGAUCCAAAAUCAUCAGAGCUUAGGACAGAAGCAAAAUACUGCCUGGUUGCGAUAUACAACUGUAACACUGUUAAGACUACUAUGCUAAUAAAUGAACUUCCUAACCAAAGUAGAGAUGUUGCUAUGAAUAUUAUACAGAAUUACAUAAAACGCCCUGGAGGUUUUGACAGUCCACAUUCUCCUUCCUCUUGUGUGAGUCCUAAACUUUUGCAAAGUCCAGUGCAGGCAUAUUAUCUUCCAGGAACAUCAAUCGGACGUACAUCACGCCUGAGCUCAGCUGAUAGUGAAAGUAUGAAUCAGGAGGAGAUUUAUAAAAACAUAUAUAAAACUACUGCAGAAAUUCAAAACUACAGCUUUGAAACAUCAGGUUAUUCAAAAUUAGGUAAGGAUACAACGAGCAAGGAUAGUGGGAUCAGUCAAAUGUCUAAUGCAGAAAUGAUACCUGCUCCAAAUGGACUAAACGGACAUGGUACUGAUGAGUCUUCCAAUGGUUCCAAGACUCAAUCUGCAGAUACAAGCGAAUCUGGUACCCCUGAAAUCCAACUGGAAUCUCAAAGUAAUAGUACUAAUAUACUACAGUCUCGUUUACAAAAUGGUCACAAGGAACGAGACAUAAUUGAUGCCGCUAUUAAAUUGUCCAAAGAUGAUCCUCAGAAUUUGAAAGAAGAAACUUUGGAUGAACUAUAUUUUGUUAUUCGAAAUGGCAACUGUCAACUAGUAAUUGAGAAUUUCAAAGCAAUACUUCGAACGCUUGUUGAUAUUAUUGGAAACACACAAGAAGUUCAAAAUGCAAUCCGUGCACAACAUGUCAUUGUCAGCAUAUUUCGCAGGGCUGAAAUGAAACCUUGUUGGAUAAAUUACAUAGAACUUCUUCUUUUAAAAAUUAUUAACAACUAUAAAGAAACUAAGGAGAUAGCGAGAGAUGCUGAUUUUGCUUUAACACAUAUAGCUAAAGUAUUACCUGUUGAUUUGGCUAUACAAGUAGUUCACCCCAUUAUAGCAACUGGAGAAUAUCCUUUAAAUCUCGGUGCUGUAAAAUUAUUAACAGAAUUAACAAAACAACAUCAAGAAGAAAUUACUGAGCAACACCUUGAAAUGGUCAUGAGCAGCUUAGCCACGUUGACUGAUCAUUCUGCAAGUGCAAUGCGAAAAGCUACUGUUUUCUGCAUUGUCGAAUUACAUUUGGCCCUAGGUGAUGAGAGGAUAAGUCCAUAUUUACAACAUCUGAGUGCGAGUAAGAAGCGGCUGCUUAAUGUUUAUAUUGAAAAAAAUAAGACUACUAAGAAAUCUUCAUGAGUUAUUGGUAACAAGUUAUUUAAUUACUGGAAAGAAAUUAUAUUUUUAAUUAAUUAAGAAUUGAAAUUCACUCAUUAAGUUCUUUACCUAACACUAUACUAGAAAAAUUAAUCGUAUGCAGU